AUGCACACAAGUCAAAGGCGAAAUAGCAAGGAACAAUACAACCUUCAAGUUAGCGGAUGUCAAGUUAUUGUUACAAAAUGCUAUCAACAACGUAUCCAUCAGCAAAAAUGUAUUCAACACGUCAUCAAGGAGGAGCAGAGAAUGUGGGAUCUGGAUACUCACAUAGACAUUAUUGUUGAACCAGUUGUGAUUGAGUUAAAUAGCGACGACUCUGAUUCGUCUAGUCAUGACUCUGAUAUUGAAUAA